GACUCGAGGAAUUUGUACAUGGUUAUGGAUUUCAUUGAGGGUGGGGAGUUGUUCUCGUUAUUGAGGAAGAGUCAGAGGUUUCCGGAUCCGGUUGCGAAGUUUUAUGCGGCGGAGGUUGCGUUGGCGUUGGAUUAUUUGCAUUCGCUCAACAUUAUUUAUCGGGAUCUCAAGCCUGAGAACCUCUUGCUCGACAGGCAAGGCCACAUCAAGAUCACCGAUUUCGGCUUCGCGAAGGAGGUCCGCGACAUCACAUGGACGCUUUGUGGUACGCCUGAUUAUCUUGCGCCGGAGGUGGUUGCGUCGAAGGGGUACAACAAGAGCGUGGAUUGGUGGUCUCUCGGUAUCUUGACCUUCGAGAUGUUGGCCGGGUACCCACCCUUCUACGACCAAGUCCCCAUGAAACUCUACGAAAAUAUCCUCGAAGGCAAAGUCCGAUACCCGGCCUACUUCAACCCCUCCGCCAAGGACCUCCUCUCUAAACUCCUCACAUCUGACUUGACCAAGCGUUUUGGUAAUUUGAGGAGUGGGAGUGGGGAUGUUAUGCAGCAUUCGUGGUUUGGGGAGGUGAAUUGGGAGAGGCUUGCGAGGAGGGAGAUUGAGGCGCCGUAUGUGCCGCCGGUAAAGAAGGAGGGUGGGGAUGCGAGUUUGUUUGAUCGGUAUCCGGAGGAGGAUUAUAGUGUUGAAUAUGGACAGAGGGGGGCGGAUCCUUAUGGGCAUUUAUUUGUGGAUUUCUAGGCGACGUCAACGAAAGGCCUGGACGUGGUGGGAGAGAAGGAAAAGAAGUUAUGAUCAUGGUAUGUGGGCAUGAAG